CGGGCGCUAGAAUGUGAAGGAUCGUGGCGGCCCCGGGUGCCCAGAAAGGCGGCGACACGGCCGAUGACAACAUUAGGCCGCGACGCGCUCCGGGCUGGGCGGCGGUGGUAGCGGCAGCCCGAGGGGCUGUAGCAUUGGUUCCAGCCUCUGAAGAAGCUGCCGCCGACAGCAGGCGGACGGAGGGGACGGUGGGGACCCGCCCUGGCCCGAGGACAGCGGGGCCGGAGUUCCCGCCCUCCUGGCGGGCAGCGCCUCCGCGGCAGCUAGACAGCGCCCUCGGGCUGGGCUCGCGUCUCCACACCUACCGCCGGCCGCCGAGGCCGAGAGAAGUUGGGAGUCCCACCGUUCGCGUGCAGAGGCUCGGACCCCGGCACCGCCCCGACCACCACCGAGGAACCGGCUGUCUGUGUCCUGCCUCUCCAAGGGCUCCGCCUCGGAUUUUCAGGCUUAUAGGAUGGCUAAACAUCAAUGAAAAGAGCAGCAUAAAUCUUGCAUUAUGGAGGCAGUUUUAUCAGAUGGAGAAGCUGAUCGAAUUUCGCUUCUUGGUGAUAGCAAAGAUGUCCUUGGGCAAUCAACUAUCAUAGCAAAUAGUGACGAGUCUCAACUGCUGACACCAGGAAAGAUGAGUCAACGCCAAGGGAAAGAAUCUUAUCCAACACCAACCAAAGAUCUGCAUCAGCCCUCUCUUAGUCCAGCAAGUCCUCAUAGCCAGGGUUUUGAAAGGGGAAAGGAAGAUAUUUCUCAAAAUAAAGAUGAAUCCUCUCUUUCUAUGUCAAAGAGCAAGUCUGAAUCUAAACUUUAUAAUGGCUCAGAGAAGGACAAUUCAACUUCAAGCAAGCUCACAAAAAAGGAAUCUCUUAAGGUACAAAAGAAAAAUUACCGAGAAGAAAAGAAAAGAGCCACAAAGGAGUUGCUCAGUACAAUCACAGAUCCUUCUGUUAUCGUUAUGGCUGAUUGGCUAAAGAUUCGUGGUACCCUCAAGAGCUGGACCAAGUUGUGGUGUGUGUUGAAACCUGGAGUGCUUCUGAUCUAUAAAACCCAAAAAAAUGGUCAGUGGGUAGGAACCGUCCUUCUGAAUGCCUGUGAAAUCAUUGAGCGUCCAUCAAAAAAGGAUGGCUUUUGUUUCAAACUCUUCCAUCCUUUGGAGCAGUCUAUUUGGGCAGUGAAGGGUCCAAAAGGUGAAGCAGUUGGCUCCAUAACUCAGCCCUUACCCAGCAGUUAUUUGAUCAUCCGAGCUACUUCAGAGUCAGAUGGAAGGUGCUGGAUGGAUGCUUUGGAGCUGGCUUUGAAAUGUUCUAGUCUUCUUAAACGGACAAUGAUCAGGGAAGGAAAGGAACAUGACCUGAGCAUUUCAUCAGAUAGCACACAUGUAACAUUGUAUGGCUUAUUACGUGCUAACAAUCUCCACAGUGGUGACAACUUCCAGUUAAAUGAUAGUGAAAUUGAACGACAGCAUUUUAAGGACCAAGACAUGUAUUCUGAUAAAUCUGAUAAAGAAAACGAUCAAGAGCAUGAUGAGUCUGACAAUGAGGUGAUGGGGAAAAGUGAAGAAAGUGACACAGAUACAUCAGAAAGGCAAGAUGACUCCUACAUUGAGCCUGAGCCUGUUGAGCCCUUAAAGGAGACCACCUACACUGAACAGAGCCAUGAAGAACUGGGAGAGGCGGGUGAGGCUUCUCAAACAGAAACUGUAUCUGAAGAAAACAAAAGCCUUAUCUGGACGCUGCUGAAGCAAGUCCGUCCUGGAAUGGACCUAUCCAGGGUGGUUCUGCCUACGUUUAUUUUAGAACCCCGGUCUUUCCUGGAUAAACUUUCAGAUUACUAUUAUCAUGCAGAUUUCCUGUCUGAGGCUGCUCUUGAAGAGAAUCCUUAUUUCCGUUUGAAGAAAGUAGUGAAAUGGUAUUUGUCAGGAUUUUAUAAAAAGCCAAAGGGGUUGAAGAAACCUUAUAAUCCUAUUCUUGGGGAAACUUUCCGCUGUUUAUGGAUUCAUCCCAGAACGAACAGCAAAACUUUCUAUAUUGCUGAACAGGUGUCUCAUCAUCCACCAAUAUCCGCCUUUUAUGUCAGUAACCGAAAAGAUGGAUUUUGCCUAAGUGGUAGUAUCCUGGCUAAGUCCAAGUUCUAUGGAAACUCACUCUCUGCAAUAUUAGAAGGAGAAGCCCGAUUAACUUUCUUGAAUAGAGGCGAGGAUUAUGUAAUGACCAUGCCAUAUGCUCAUUGUAAAGGAAUUCUUUAUGGCACGAUGACACUGGAGCUUGGUGGAACAGUCAAUAUUACAUGUCAAAAAACUGGAUACAGUGCAAUACUCGAGUUCAAACUAAAGCCAUUUUUAGGGAGUAGUGAUUGUGUUAAUCAAAUAUCAGGGAAGCUUAAAUUGGGAAAAGAAGUCCUAGCUACUUUGGAAGGCCAUUGGGAUAGUGAAGUUUUUAUUAAUGACAAAAAGACAGAUAAUUCUGAGGUUUUCUGGAAUCCAACACCUGACAUUAAGCAGUGGAGAUUAAUAAGGCACACUGUGAAAUUUGAAGAACAGGGAGAUUUUGAAUCGGAGAAACUUUGGCAGCGGGUAACUCGGGCCAUAAAUGCCAAAGACCAAACUGAAGCUACCCAAGAGAAAUACGUCCUGGAAGAAGCUCAAAGGCAAGCAACCAGAGAUCGCAAAACAAAAAAUGAAGAGUGGACUUGCAAGUUGUUUGAACUUGAUCCACUUACAGGAGAAUGGCAUUACAGGUUUGCAGACACUCGUCCCUGGGACCCACUUAAUGAUAUGAUACAGUUUGAAAAAGAUGGUGUUAUCCAGACCAAAGUGAAGCAUCGUACUCCAAUGGUUAGUGUUCCCAAAAUGAAGCAUAAGCCAACCAGGCAACAGAAGAAAGUGACAAAAGGCUAUUCUUCCCCAGAACCCGAUAUCCAGGACUCAUCUGGGAGUGAAGCUCAAUCAGUGAAACCAAAUACCAGAAGGAAGAAAGGGAUAGAGCUGGGAGACAUUCAGAGUUCCAUCGAAUCUAUAAAACAAACCCAGGAAGAGAUUAAAAGAAAUAUUCUGGCUCUUCGAAAUCAUUUUGUUUCCAGCACACCUGCCACAGAUUAUUUUCUGCAACAAAAAGACUACUUCAUCAUUUUCCUCCUGAUUUUGUUUCAAGUCAUAAUAAACUUCAUGUUUAAGUAGAAGUUCUCUACAGUGGAAUCAGUGAACUAGAACAUUUGAUUUGGCCUGGGACCAGUGUUGAAGUUGGUUUGGUCUUUAUUAAAACAUCGCAAUAUUUUGGAAAAAGAAAACCUAGAGGACAAAUGUAGAGGUGGUGACCUUUCAGAUGUUUUAUCCUGAACCUGAAACAAGAGCUAUCCUGUUAUUAAACUGAUCUCUGUGUUAAGUGCCAGGACAUUUCUAGCUUUUGUGAGAAUGUGUCAACAUGUGAGUAUAAUACAUCCACAUGUACACACAGUUGUCUCUUACAUACUCUUACGUAAGAUAGUCUUGUGUUCUGUAGUAUGUUCUAAGAUAUAAUGUUAACAUUGUUCGUAACAUAAAUGCUAUCGAUCUUAUAAAUAUAGGGGUAGUAAUAUUUUUCUUCACAAAACUUUAAUCAGUAAGGAUUAAGGGCUGGGGAAUGAUGGAAUAAUAGACAUAAUUCAGGCUAUUGUAUGGUGAUAUCAUCGCUGAAGCACCCAACUCAAUUGUCUUCAGAGAAACAGCAAGAAAAAAGUAUUGAAUGGUCAAAAUUAAUAUAUUGAAAAAGGUUGCAAAUUGCUUUUCAAAAAGUUUACACAAGAUUUUUUAACCCCUUAGAAUUUAAUUUAAUAUUUAUACAGGUAUAUAUAUAUAUACAUAUGUGUAUUUCAGUCUAAAAAAAUGGUGUGUAGCUACUUGGAUCUGUUGAUUAUAAUACCACGUAAAGCACCUGCUGAAAAAAGUGUGGUAAAAAGUGAUUGCUGUCCUUUUUUUUCCCUUUUACUUUUGUUAGUUCAAUUGGUCCAUAACAUAGACCAAAACUUAGAGAUAUUUAUAAAGCAUAUGAAAUGCUAACAAUUGUGUUUUCAUUAUGAUAAACUCACUAUAGCUUUCAUUUACACCCUCGUGUGUUCAGUGAAUAAGUAGAGUGAAAAAAUGGUAACCAAUAUUUUACUUCAAAAGCCAAAAAGAGAAAAGCAAUAAGAAAAGACAUUCUGUGGUGGCCUUUAUGUCUACAACAAAAUUGGUUUCUUUACAAUGUGCAAUACAUUGAGCAUCUAAGAAGAGUACCAAGUACUGACCUUUUUAUACAUCCCACUCUGUUCCUAGUAAAUUAAAUCUGUAACAAAAAUCACACAUCUCUAAAGUUUUUGUGCAGCCUUGGGCAUACUUUCUAAAGUUUUGUUUCUUCAGCUUUUGCAUUAACACAGUCCUGAAAAGAAACUGUACAAAGAUAGUUAUGUCUAGGAACAUUCUGUCCUAAAAUACAUAGUAGAAUCCUGAAAGGAUAGAUUUUGGUGUGAUUAUUAAUGUCAGUGAAGAUCAAUAAUUACCCUGGCUGCAUUUCCUUUGAAAAGAAACAUGAGACACUGGUUAAAUUACAAUCAAAUGCUAAUUAAAUGCCAUGAUAAAUAUGGAAUUGAGAGAUGUUUGCUAAAUUGUAAGAAUGGAAAAUGAGAAAAUCUGCCUUUUGCCCCUAACCCUUAGGUUUCUAUAAAGAGCUACUUUUGUGGUGUUAGUGGCGUAUUCCAUAUAUACAUGUGAAUUUUUUUAAUUGGUAAAAGCAUAACUAAAAUGUUCCUUUGCCUGGUGUUUUCACGACUACAAUAGAAAAUGGUCAGGUGAUUUUGGUUCUGUAUUUUGUCACUAUAAUUUUUGUAUUCACAUUAUGUUACCUAUGUUAUGCUCAAAUGCCUACUCUUUGAAGUAUAAUAUUUUGUAAAUAAUGUACAAUUUGAUAUUUUUUAUGGUUUAAAUUAUAUUAUAUACAAGUUGAUUGGCUGAUUACAAAAAUUGCUUCCUUUUUGAAUCCUGAAAAUUUAGAAAGUUUCUGUUGGUGACCUGCCUUAGGAUUUUGGUCUUAACCUACUUAUAUGUUACAUUUAAUUCAGCCUAAAUAGUGUUUUGUUUGUAUAGAUACAAGACUGGAGGGGUUGUUAUCUUCUUUUUUUAAAGUUGCUUUACUCAGUUAUUAUGGGUUCUUAUCCAAGGAGUCAAGAACUAUUUGAUAUGAAAGAGCAGGGUUAUUCGUGACUGUUUGUAUACACUAAAAGCAUACACUAACCUAAUAGUCCUCUUAUGCUUUUAGUUGUGUAAGUUCCUUUCUACAAGGUGAACACAAAACUCAGGAAUUGGUGGCUUAAUUUUAGAUCAGUGCUAACUUACAUUAGGCUUAGUAUGUCAAUCCUUUGAGACACAAAAUCAAUGCUGUAUUUAGCCGUAAUAGGUGACUUUGUUCCUUUCCUGAGAUCAGUUUUUAUUCACAAAUGGAUUCUAAAUGUGACUUACAGCUUCCAAUUGUCUAAGAGCCUCAUGAUGGUUUCUAGGACUUAAGACCUUAUGACCAUGUCUUUUUCAUUUAUCAAAAAUUUAUUUUCUCAUGAAAAUUUAGAUAUUACUGAUAUGUGCAUUUCUGUUUUAGCUGUUAGAUGUACUGUGCUUCAGUUAUUCAACAUUUAGUGAGAUGUUACCAGCCCAGGAAAAGACAAGAAACAGGGCAUUGUGGAAUGUUAAAUUUCAGCAAUAUAGUUAACUCAUAUUUCAUGUCAUUACUUUUUUGGUAUCACUUAUAAAGGUACAGUUUAUAAUCUUUGUUACAGCUCUGUUGGCAACUGCAUUCCAUUGAAAAGUUGGCCUUGUGUCAAAUACCACCAUCAUUUUGAUAUUUAUGCUUUUGUGCCUUUAAGAGAAUAUUUUUUGUCAUUUUUGUGUUACGGAACUGUAAUUUGAUUCAAAGUGUUUAUAGGCUUAACUGUCAUAAAAAGGUCAUUUCUCUAUGUCACUUUAUUUCCUUUUCUAUAGCUAUACUAUAUUUAAACAGUAAUGCUGUACUUUUAUAAGGGUUUGUCUAUUUGUCUAUUUCAAAUAUAUUCUUACUCUCAGACAUCAUUGAAGUAGAUUUGUCAGAUUAUUCUGAGUAUUGUAAACAGUGCCUUUUCGAUGGAAUUUACACUGUUUUGGGUGUCAACUUGUGCCAUAUACACACAAUUUUGUGGAAGGCAGUUUUAGCUUUUUGAAGAAUAGCUUAGUCAAAAUUUAACAAAACACAUAUGUAAAAUUCCAUCUUUCAAAAGUCUGGCAUUUCUAGUAAGUGAUGAAUAGUUUUUUGUUUGCUUAAUAUACAGUGAUGAUGGCAUUAUUGAUGGUCAUAAAUGCUUAUUAUUCUGAAUCAUGUUAAAUGUAUAGAAACAAAAUAUUAGCAUUUAUGCAAAUUUUCCAAUUUGAGCCAAUAGAGGAAAUCCCACAAAAAUCAGUAAGUUUACAUUUCGACUUUUAUUGACUUAAGUAUAAAAUAAAACUCAUUAAAAUGUAUAAUCUGCCACCAUUAUGUAAUUUGUUUUUUGUUCUAACUAUGAAUUUUGUGUAUUUAAUUUACUUUUUAUUUCAUUUAACUACUGUCUGGCUUUGUUAGUUUUAAAUUGAAGGUAGACUGUUAAAUUGUAUAGGACCAGUAUUUUCUUAAUAUGAUUAACAUACUUAGAAGAGUCACAAGAAGCCCAUGACAAAAUGAAUGUGAAUACACUUUCUGGGAUACUUAGAAAUUUUUAUCUUAAUGCACUUAUCAUGUGAAAAUUGUUUCACAUCAUGUUAAAAUUUUUUUGAAAGAAAAAUGCCAUGAAACAAACUGAUGAGCCACAAAAUUUCAGUUAUGUUUUUCUUCUUUUAGCAUGAUAAAGAUGCAUCGUAAGUUUAAAUUUUGUUUAAUGGCCAUUUAAAAAUUCAAGCACUACCACUGGUCAGUUUUGUAUGAUAGAAUUACAGUAUGUUACCUACAGUGUAAGUACAGCACACUGUCCAUUCUUUUUCCUUAAGGUGCAUAGUAAAUGUACAGAUAGUCCUAGGCAACUGUUUUGUAAUGUAUUGUUUCUUAUCUAUUAUUCCUAACCUGUUAAAAAAUGUUUGCAGCAAGGAAAAAAACUGAACUUUUUCUAAUGACCUGUCAAAUUAUGCUAACUUCUAGUAGACAUUCUAAAUAAAAUUUUUAAAAAGA